AGGAUGUUCUGAAGAGUAUAGCCGUGGAGUGGCCAUCGUCUGCUAACUCAGUCUCAUGGCAGACGCGCAGUAUCUGCAGCGAGAUGUUGGGCAUUACUUGCGAAGAUGGCUACGUCACAUCCAUGACUGUCAAUAAUCAACCUCUCUGGAAGCCCAUUCCCAGUGCCAUCAGCGGUUUGCAGCGGCUUAGAUCUCUCACUCUGAUUGGCUGCAACUUAAUAGGCUCUCUGCCCCCCGCCCUCUUUACUUUAACCCGCCUUACUAACUUGAUCCUGCCCAACAACUCCCUGUCUGGCUCUAUUCCUCCCGACAUCAGCAAGCUGAGCAAUCUCGAGUUCCUUGGAGUGGAAGUGAACAGCCUGUCGGGUUCAUUGCCAAGGGAAAUGUCAACUCUAAAAAAACUUAAAGACCUUGUCACUCUCCAGCAGGACAGGCCCACGAAGUUGGUGAAUGCCGUGCCUUCCAUGGCCACUGGCGAGGUGUGUGGACAACAACAGGUUCUCUGGAUCCCUGCCCGCUUCUCUUCCACAGCUGCUAAGGCUGACUCGAUUCUGCAUAAGCGGCCUGCCGCACUUGUCAUGGCACCUCAUUCAUUUUUAGAGAAAGCACAUUGGCUUUCCUGCUGCUUCGUCCACUGCUCUGCAAUGCACCUGGACUCCAACCGCUUUCAAGGAAGCCUCCCAUCCUUUUUAGGAAAUUUGUCCGAGCUUCGAUAUUUGUUGGUGGGCGUGAAUGACUUCAACGGCACCAUCCCCUCAUCACUGGCCAACCUCAAGAAUCUGGAGGCCCUUUCCCUCCGUGGCCUGCGCGUGCAUGGUCUGGUGCCUCCCGCACUCUCCUCACUGCAGAAGCUUUGGUACCUGGACUUGUCUUCCAUGUAUCUGUCAGGACCGUUGGCACCCAUGGUCAAUCCGCUGACCAACCUUGAGAAGCUGCUCGUGGCGUGCAACCAGUUCACGGGCGCCGUGCCCAUGCCAGCCUCCAGGUCCCUGGCGCUGCUGGACGUGCACGGCAACUACUUCACCUCCGCGCCCACGCGCCCCAAGAACUGCGCGGCUGUGCGCCUCAUGCUCUCAGAGAACUGCCUGUCUACGACUGUGACUCUGUGCGGGGUGACCGAAGAACAGAGGAGCAAGGAGAGCUGUGCAGCAUUCUGUGGGGUGGGGCAGGCAGAGGCGCUGUGCAGCGGGCAUGGGUACUGCUUCAUGAAUGACAGUAUUGACCGCGUGCUGGCCUCCUCUGCCGCCACCCCCAUGGUGCUGGGUGGCUCGGCGCUGACCACUGCUGAUGGAGCGCUGCUGCUGACCCCCAAGGCCAACGCCACGUGGGGCACGGCCUUCACAGCCGCGCCUCUCCCCCUCUUCUCCUACUUCAACACCAAGGCCACAUGCGGUUACCAGCUCGCCUUCAACGCAUCCCUUGCCUUCUCCCUCGACCCGGAGGCAGAGGCGGGCGGGGAUGGGCUCGUGUUUGUCGUCUCUGCCGCGCUGCCAGACCGGCUGGGAGGCGUGGGGAAGCGGAGUGUGGCGGUGGAGUUUGACUCGGUGCUGAGUGUGAAGCACAGCGACCCCAACGACAACCACGUGGGCGUCAAUGUGGGCGGCUCACCUGUGUCCCUCGCCUCUGCCACGGCCCCUCUCAUCCUCAACGACGCCCACACCAAGCACGCCUGGAUCCACUACGACCCCACCAGCGGCGGCACCCUCCGACUCUUCCUUUCCUCCGACCCCCACCAGCCCCCCACCCCCAUCUUGCGAGCCCGAGUGUCGCUCUGCUCCAUCCUGCAGCCCAAGGCGUCCAGUGCUGCAUUCUUCGUUGGCUUCACUGCGGCAUCCACAACUGCCCCACAAGCACACGCUGUCCUCAACUGGACCUUCACUGCAGAUAUUCCGCUCAACUCGCACUUUGACCCUUCAAACCUGGCGUUGGGGUUUGUGUUGGACGAGGACUCCUUCUCAUCGCAGGGCUUCAACGCCGCCUUCCACUACGCCAGUGCGGGCUUCGACCCCGCGCAGGACAACACCCCCGCCUGGACUCUCAAGUCCUACAGCACCUGGGUCCUGCCUGAAUCCGCUUGGCCUGUCAAGAACCAAAAGGGAUGUGGAGAUUGCUGGGCAUACGCAGUGGUGGCAGCGGUGGAGGCGGCCCACAGCAUCGCGGGCAGCUGGGCGCAGCCCCCCGUGCUGUCGGUGGAGCAUCUGCGCCUCGCCCUCUCCUCCAACUGCGACGGUGGCUCGCCCACCAAGGCGCUGCAGUUCCUCCUCAACGCCACCAACCAGGGCAACGGGCUGCUCGAGGACGCCGUGUACUCACAGGGGCUGGUUUAUAGAAGGAGAUCGUUGGCAAGCACCAGGUACUACGGCAUCCGGGGCAUCGAGCGCACGGGGUUCUAUGGGUGGUUUGGGCUCAUGCUGGCAGUGCAACGCCAGCCUGUCAUUGUGCACAUUGAGGCGUCCGCACCCUCCUUCCAAGACUACGAUGGGAGAGGCAAGUACGCGGACGAGGAGUGUUUCAGCAACCACCUGAACCACGUGGUGCUGGUGGUGGGCUACCUCUCUGCGGGCUUCGACCCCUCCAACUCCGCCGUGCCGCCGCCCUUCUGGAUCAUCCGCAACUCAUGGGGCACAGCCUGGGGCGACCAGGGCCACAUGCGCAUGGACAUUCGCAGUGGCGACGGCAUCUGCGGCAUCAACACUCUCCCGGGCCUCUUCCCCGUCGUCAGAAGCAGUGCUGAUCCGUGUGGGUCACACUCCUUCCAGUACAGCAACCAACACUCCGGUGUCUUCAACCCGUGUGGGCGGUUCAACUGCAGCAAGAAGGGCACCAGCAAUCGCUGCAAGUGCACUGACGCCCGCUUCGCUCAAGUGAAGAACACCGAUGGGUCGUACACCUGUGCCUAUGUGGACGUGUGUGGGUCCAGCGCUCGCAACCCGUGUGUGGUGGGCACGUGUGUGAACGAUGGCAAGGGCAGCUACUCCUGUGUGUGCCCGCCGGGGUUCAUCCAGGGCACCACCCUCGCCAACACCGCCUCCUGUGCUCCGGGGGAUGCAGGGGGGAUGUACACGGUGCGCCAGAGCAACGUGUGGUGCUCCCAUGUGCAUCCCAUAUUCGCCCUCACACUGGACCAGUUCAUGCAGCAGAACAAGGGCAUCUCAUGCUCCGUUCCUCUGCGCCUCAACUCAACUCUGCUGGUCAACUCCACAGUCGAUGCAUGCUCUGUCUUCUACACCACUGUGCUGGGCGACACGUGCACGGGGGUGGCACGGCAGGUGGAGCUGUGUGGGGCGGCGGCGUCGGAUGCGGAGUGUGAGGCGGCAUUUCAGGCGCUCAACCCCGCUGUCAACUGCUCCUCCCUCAGCCCCUCCCAGGCCGUGUGCCUGGAGAGGGACCCCGGCAAGGCGAAUGUGACGGUGGUGUGCGACCAGUACUACCGGGCGCGCCUCAGCGACACGUGCGACAGCAUCAGGCAGCUGGCGGAGCCUCCUCUCAGCCCCGUGGCCUUCUACCGCCUCAACCCCGGCGUCAACUGCAACCAGCUCAUCCCCCUCAAAAACUACUCCCGCUCCGCCACCACCUUUGGCGCUGAG